CAAGUGAGUCUAUUGCAAGAGAAUCAACAGAGCGUGAGAAGAUAGCCUGCUCUUGUGGCUUUGCAUAUCACCCCCCCAUUCCCUUUAAUACCUGGGACACAACUAGAGCUCCAACCUUCUUGACACUUACCUCUCUCCAUACUGUGGCUCUCUCCACUCAAGGAAAAUAAUAAGUUAGGAGAGAGAACUGCAGUCAGAACAAUGAACAUCUUCUUAGAACUCUUUCUCCUUCUGGCCAUUGUCAUCUACUCCUACCUGGAGGCCUUGGUGAAGCUAUUCAUUCCAGUGAAAAGGAAGUCUGUCAAUGGAGAGAUUGUCUUAGUUACUGGCUCCGGACAUGGAAUUGGGAGACUCACUGCCUACGAAUUUGCCAAACACAAAAGCAAACUGGUUCUGUGGGAUAUUAAUAAGCACGGUGUUGAAGAAACAGCUGCUGAAUGCAGAAAACUAGGGGCCACAGCUCAUGCUUUUGUGGUUGACUGCAGCAAAAAAGAGGAAAUUUAUAGCAUGAUAGACAAGAUAAAGAAUGACAUUGGUGAUGUGACCAUCGUGGUGAAUAAUGCUGGAGCGAUUUACCCAGCGGAUCUUCUGAGCACCAAAGAUGAGGAAAUUACCAAAACAUUUGAAGUCAACAUUCUAGGUCACUUCUGGAUUAUUAAAGCGCUCCUGCCUGCCAUGAUGCAGAGAAACCAUGGUCACAUCAUCACUGUGGCAUCCAUAUGUGGACAUGGAGUGAUUCCUUAUCUUAUCCCUUAUUGUUCCAGUAAAUUUGCUGCUGUUGGGUUUCACAGAGCCCUAACGGCAGAAGUUGAUGCCCUGGGAAAAAAUGGAAUCAAGACCUCUUGUCUCUGUCCUGUUUUUGUGAAUACUGGAUUUACCAAGAACCCAAGCACAAGGUUAUGGCCUGUUUUGGAGACAGAUGAUGUUGUGAAGAAACUGAUGGAUGGAAUUCUAACUGACAAGAAAAUGAUUUUUGUACCAUCAUAUUUGAAUCUCUGUUUGGCAUUAGAAAAAUUUCUUCCUGAGCGUGCAUUGGCCGCCAUAAAUCGGGUCCAAAAUGUACAAUUUGAAGCAGUGGUUGGCCACAAACACAAAAAGAAAUGAGGACUUUAGACUGAACUAAUUUUAAGAUGCUUUCCAGUGCCAAAUCUUAGGACCUUUUAUAAAAAUAGAAUGAAUACUGAGUGAUUAUACCUUCAUCUUUCUUAUUUUUGAGGGAAAAACCUAAGGUUUCAAAAUUUUAUUAUAUUUCCAUUUCAUGCAACCAUUUUUUAUUCUACCUUUGUCCUUUCCAUACCCUGGUGGACAAAAAUGACUUUUCUGUUAGGUCUCACAAAAGGAUUGUGGAUUGGAGCUGGGAAGGACUUUGGAGACCACCUCCUCCAAUCCCCUCAUUUGACAGAUGAGGAAACUGAGUCUCAGGAAUAUUAAGGGACUUGUCACACAGUUAGGAUCACCAGAGGUAGGAUUCAAACCCAGUUCCUAGAUAGCCAGAGGU